GUGUGACUCGUCUAGAGGUACGAUGCCAUUGAAAUGUUGUUGGCUAUAUACGGCGUCGGCGUCAGUUCCUGUUUUUACAUCAAAUAGCCAUAAGCGUUCUGAGGCAUGGUCGAUCCGUCUCAAGACAAUGAUACCACUAGAGGUCAUCAUAGCAGAAACAGGUAUGUCGAAGACAACAGCUUUGAAAGCAUUAUCCAGACAUGACGAAUAGUGAUCAUACCGACAGAGAACUCGAUUCUCUCAGAGAUCCGAACAGAUGAAAAUUCGUAUACAGAAACAGUCGAAUGCAAGAGAAAACGAAGUUAUUCAAAAUUUCAGCACAAAAGUGCCAAAAUGACGAGGGAGAAACGCAAAAUCGGUCGAGAUGCCAAAGCUGUUCCUAGAGAGAACUCUGUACAAGCUCUGGCUGAGGAGAUGGAGAAAAAAAUUGCCGAAGAGUUCCGCAAAUUGAUCGCUAAGCAACAUUGUAAGGAAAACCGUGUCUCUUUAAAGGAAAUAUUAAAAUUGCCUGAUGUCAAAGCUGCACCCGCCAAAAACGGAAAACCAAAGCAGUCAAACCUAGCUUCCAGUGAAAGUGUGAAUGGCGCCAGUGCCCAAAAUGGUGCUACGAGCCCUGGCAAAAACGCAUCGAAAGUUGCAUCGGAUGUUCAACCGAGCGCAGAAAACAACGGCGAUGAUGAGAGUUUUGGCGUGGCCGGAGCACUGACGACGAGUCCAAUGGAGAUGCCGCGUUUCGACUACCCUGAAGAUAUGCGCAAUCGUUCGAGAAAUAGUUUAGGUGUGUUACUCAUGCAAAUGUUGGCCAAUGCUGAUGGCGCAAUUAUGUCUCAUCAACGUAACAGGGGUCUCCGCUUUCGCCAUGUGCCGUUGAACUUCGACCGUUCCUCGAACGGGGUACCAGUGGUUACACGGCCGUCGGACCACGCUCGUAUCUCGAUCGGUCGCCCUUCCUCUCAGUCCCUUGCCGAUCUAGCAGAGCUGCCAUUUUUACCCUUGCUGCGGCACUCAGCCCAUUUACGAGAGAGAAAUGCUUCGCGACAGCAGCGAUUGCAACGCCAGCUAUUACAAGAACAGCCUGCUUCACAGUCUGCUUCACAGCCGCAGCAACAACUGCAACAACAGCAACUUCAACAGCAGCAGCAAGGACGUUCUCAGCCAAUCGAUGGUACUGCAUUGGCGACGGUUGUUUGCGAUCACAAUCGUGGCCCUCCAUGGCGAGGACGAUUUUCGGUUUUAGCUGAAGAAUCCGACGCGACAAACACUGACGACUCCGAUACGCUGAGCGACGAUUAUUCGGCUCUGCUCAAUCGAGACAAUGAGUUCGUUAUUAUAAUGGAGACGGAUGAUAGGGACUUCUUACCUCUUCAAUCCCCAGAUGAUAUUUCGGGGUUUCGUGGACCACAAAUGAUGGCGCACGAUGUAGGAUGGCCGCUGCCAGUUCUUAGCUCCGAGGCGCGAAUCCUACGGAGGCGCCGUGGCAGACGAGCUGGUUUACGACUCAGCGAGCGAUCCACUGGUAGCAACCGAUCUACGGAUAAUAUGCCGCUUCCCAUAGUGAAUCGGCAUCAGACAGCCGAUUCAGCUGAAACGAGAUCAUCCGGCAAUGCUAAUAGGGAACAGCUACACGUGGCUUCCGCCAGUCCGUCUAUGGAGUCAGCAGCAAACCACCUCGCAAAUCGUCCUGACCACGCUAUUGCCUGUAUACGGCAACUAUUAGACCAGGUAAUCAGGAUAAGUCAGGAGGGCAGUAGCGCUAGCACCAGUGAACAGACAUUGCCAAGAAACGAGUCCAUGGCGGGGCUGCGAAGAAGCACUAUUCUGCCGCGAGAAUCAACGGGUCGACGGAGGUCGACACCUCGUCGCAAUAGGGGUUCCGCUGAACCGGUCCCUCCACCAGGUUACCCCACUGCGCGAGUGUUUCUUCGUCGACCAGUGCGGAUGUCGCGCGCUGGUCGCGCCAGGAGGUCCAGAAAUCAACGGGCGAGAGCUGUUGGAACACUGCGUCGAUCACUGGAGAACGUUGAAGGACGUCAUCCGCUUCUACCACCGUCGCCGCGGCCGCGCGCUCGAUCGACGCAGGGUGAACAAACUGGGGUAAGGCAACCAGACGACUUACCACCAGAACAGACACAACAGGCAGAACAAAGCCAAGAAGAGCAAGAGCAACAGCGACAGCAGCAGCGACAGCAGCAACUGCCAGAUCAGAAGCGAAAUGGCCCAUCAAAUGCCGCUCCGCCACGAGUGUCCCGGAAUGGGAAAGCGCGUCGUUUUUGACUAGGGAGAAUAUAAUAGCCAAGCAUCCACGAAUCAUCCCUUACCUCAAUCGUGGUCAUUUGUGAAGCUUGGACUUUUUUUCUGGAAUCCAAACCCGACCACAGAUUUUCGUUUUCUGGAAUCCAAACCUGAUCACAGAUUUUCGUGUAAACGAAGAAGAUGCUUAAAGGGGAGACUGCGAAUGAGGUUGUCUCAAAAGAAAAGUGACUUUUUCAGUGGAAGGAUUCAGUUUAUGACGGUACGGCGUAGAGUGUGAUAAUAACGACUGACUGUCCAGUGUGUUGUAUUAUUAGAAACCAUUUGCAUUAUUAUAUUGUUGUGAUAUCUAAUGCAUCAUAAAUAGAUGAUGUAUAUAAAUAUUUUAUAUGUAAUAUAGCCUGUGACAUAUUUUUAUAGCAUUGCUGUUUGUAGGCUAGAAGAGGUAUUAUCCUUAUUAUUAUUAUUAUUAAAAAAAAAAAAAACGUAAGCUAAAGGGACAGCUGGUGGUCUAGGUUCGAGUCCAGCCGUGGACACACCUAAUUUCAUGCUAUGAGCCCUUAACGCUUAACGCUGUACCGGACGUAAAACUAAAUAUUUAGAUAGUGUAAUACUACUCUUCUUGUAAAAUAUAGAACGAGGCGUGUAAAUACGGACUUCUUUUUUCAAGUUGUUUCCAAAACUCUGCCCAAAGGAAAGCUGUAAUUUUUAUCCUUUUUCCACAUCUGCUAGGAGAGUUCAUAUUAAUAUCGCCAUAUUCAAUAUAAUUACUAUCCACCGUGAUUACAUCCUCAAUAUCACUCACAGGCUUGUUUCAAUGCUCUAUUGCGAAUGUGCGAACGCCUGCCUGGGAGAGUAAGCGGGAUGUUGUAGUCGUGUUGAGUCUAAUGACUUUCAAUAACACUCGAUGCAUAGUAUUAGUCCGCCGGGUUCAAAUCUGGGCUUCUCGACAGCUGCAUUUGCUGACCCCAAAGUAUGUUAUUAUCUUCAAGCAAGCUCUGAUCGGCUCGUAAGAAGUCGAUGCAUCACGCUGCUGACGAACGUGUGAUCUUUUUUUCUGACACUUCCAGCUAUGUACGGUUAUACAACAGCAUGUAAAACACGCAAGUAAGCUUCUCUAAUAAGGGGUUUACCUUUCUAGCAGAAUGAUGGUGGCGUAAUGAUCGUUGUCACUAGACACUACACCUUCAUGCAUGAACAUUUGUAUUCGCCUACAAUAGGCACAAUCCAGAGGAUGUGCCUAUCAUUUCUGCAGUGGGAAAC